CCACAUUUGACAUUCUGCAACAAGUAAGGCAAGAAAUGAACCGCAGCUCUACAACAAUCUCUCUCUUCCACGUAGCAGGUCCCACACUCAACCCACAUACAUCAACCCAUCAUCAUCAUCAUCAUCAUCAUCAUUAUCAUGCCAACUUUAUUUACCAUUACGAUUAAUUUAACGGUGACCGUAACAAGCCGUAACGGUAACACUUCCAUUUCCUCUUCUCAUAAUCUCAUUUAACGCCUCCUUUUAACUCCAACAAACGGUUCUUCCUCUCCCACACUAACGUCGUCACAAACCCCAACCCCACUUUUUUUUCAACUUUUUCUCUCUCCUAGACUUCCAAUGGCUUCUUGCGACGACGACCUCGUAAUUCUCGCCGGCGAAGAUCACCACCACCAUAACCACAACCACCUUCACCACCACCAUUUCACCGCGCACCACCGCUACCUUCACCCUAAAAUUUCCUCAAACGAUGUCGUCAAGGUUUCCUCCACCGGAGAUUCCGAGAACGGCGCCGUUUUCGAGGUCAAUCAUUACGAAUCGUCCGAGUUCGACUCAGUUCCCGAUCCAGAGUCAGAUCCGAAGAAUUCUAGGGUUUGCGUGGAGUUGACGGAGAAGAGGAAGGAGAGAGAGAGAGAAGAGAGCGAUCGUGAUCUGAGCGACGGGAGCUUCAAGAGGACCAAAUCAGUUUCCGGCGGUGGCGGCGUCGGAGGAGGAGGAAUGUCGAUUUCCGGCGGCGGAGAGUAUAGGAAGGAUAGGGAGGAGUGGAGUGAUGCGGCGAUUGAGUGUUUGUUGGAUGCGUAUACGGAUAAGUAUACGCAGUUGAAUCGGGGGAAUUUGAGGGGGAGAGAUUGGGAGGAGGUUGCGGCGGUUGUUAGUGAGAGGUGUGAGAAUCAGAAUAAGAGUGUGGAGCAGUGUAAGAAUAAGGUGGAUAAUUUGAAGAAGAGGUAUAAGUUGGAGAGGCAUAGGAUGAGUGGUGCUGGUGUUUCGGUUAGUCAUUGGCCUUGGUUUAAGAAGAUGGAGGCUAUUGUUGCCAAUUCUUUGCCGGCUAAGUCGGCUUCCGAUGAGGAUAAGAUUGGUUGUUCUGGUGGGAGUAGUGGUAGGCAGCAAAAGAGAUAUUCUGUGGGAACACCUGGCUCGCUGGGUCAGGUCAAUAACAUGAAGUCCAAACCUAUAUCUAACUCAAAAUGGCAGAGGGUUGUGUUUAAGAUCAGUGGUGCUGCUUUAGCUGGCAAUGGUCCUCAUAACAUUGACCCUAAGGUUGUAAUGCUAAUUGCUAGAGAGGUUUCGAUGGCUUACCGCCUUGGAUUACAGGUGGCUAUUGUUAUUGGCGGGCGCAACUUUUUCUGUCCAGAUACAUGGACAACUGCGACUGGUGCUGACAGAUCUACCACACACCAGAUCGGUUUGAUGGCAAGUAUAAUGAACUCGGUGUUGCUCCAGUCAGCCUUAGAGAAAAUGGGUGUUCAGACACGUGUACAAACUGCUUUUGCAUUGCCAGAGGUGGGUGAGCCAUACAAUAGACAAAGGGCAAUUAGACAUUUAGAGAAAGGCAGAGUGGUGAUCUUUGCUGGAGUUGGUGGUGGUUCAGGGAAUCCUCUCUUUUCCACUGAUACAACAGCAGCUCUACGAGCAACUGACCUUAAUGCCCAGGCAGUUCUCAAAGGCACCAAUGUUGAUGCUAUAUAUGACUGUAACUCCAGAAACAAUGGCAUUAUGUUUGAUCACAUUUCUUUUAGAGAGGCUGCUUCCAGAGGUUCCACAUCUAUGGACAUGAUGGCGUUGACAUUCUGUGAAGAGAAUGCUAUUCCAGUUGUGGUUUUCAAUCUUCUUGAACCCGGUAACGUAUCAAGAGCUCUAUGUGGUGAGCAAGUAGGUACAUUAAUCGAUCAGACAGGAAUGAUCAGCUAACAUUUAUAACAUAAUAGGAGUUUUUAUUACCUUUUGUAGCUUCUUCUUGUAAGUAUAUAGAUGGAUAACUAAACCACAAGCCUCUGGUCACUCUCUAUUUAAUGCUGGGGUGAUCUUGGUACUGUACAAUACCGAAGCUGCAGAUGGCUGCUGCAUUUACAGAUGAAGCAAUAUUUUGUUGCUCUGCUUCGUUUAAUUUAUUCGAAAUCCUUGACAAACAACUUUGGAGGUCCGAGCUGUGGGAGGCUGCUGCUGCCUACUGCAAUGCCAUACUAGUGGCAGGCUGAGAAGCUAAAGCCUGGAUGUGUUUACUUACUCCCAUAGAAAAUUUUCCCCUUUCCCCUAAUCCUGUAAAUUUUGGGUGUAUUUGUAUUGGAAGCCUUUGACAGGGUUUCUAUUAUGGGUCAUAUAUGAUGUAUUUAUCAAAUUGUAUACAGAGGAUAGGUAUGUGAGGGACUCCUCUGAAUGUUGUAAUUGCGGUAAUAUAUAUAAGAAAAUAUUUGUAUCUAA